AAAUCAUGCAAACAUCAUCAAUUUUCAGAUCCUCUUAGCAUCCCAACAUUGUACUAUAAAUAAAGAUUGUGAUAAUAAAAGCACCUUGAGACUCAAAUUUAAUGGAGUUUCUUCUCUUACUAUGCCUUCUUUCUUUGCGGGUUUUUACUCCUUCAGCAUAUUCAAAUCACUGGUUAAGCCAUGGUGGGAACCUACUGAACAGGAGAUUUGCGGAGAAAGAAACCAAAAUAAGCCCCGAAACAGUAUCACAGCUGAGAUUGAAAUGGAAAUUCGAAGCAGGAAGGGACAUAACAGCAACACCAUCAGUUUUUGAAGGAAGAGUUUAUUUCCCAAGUUGGGAUGGUUAUCUUUAUGCUGUGAAACAAUCCGAUGGUUCUCUUAUUUGGAAACAAAAUUUACAACAGUUGACCGGUAUUAAUUCAACAAGGGUUAUUUCCAAUGUUAAUGUCACAGCUUCAAGAACAACACCCACAAUUGCUGAUGAUUUGUUGAUCAUUGGGAUCAGUGGACCAGCUUUUGUUGUCGCAGUGAAGCAAUCCAAUGGGGAACUUAUUUGGUCUACCCAGCUUGAUGAUCAUCCAGCUGCUGUUAUCACAAUGUCUGGAACUUAUUACGAUGGGAACUUCUACGUGGGCACAUCUUCACUAGAGGAAGAGGUAAGCAUUGAAGAAUGCUGCAUCUUUCGUGGAAGCUUCGUCAAACUAAACGCAAAAACUGGGAAAAUCUUGUGGCAAACCUUCAUGUUACCCGACAAUUUCGGCAACCGUGACAAAUAUGCCGGCGCUGCCAUCUGGGGCAGCAGCCCGCCGAUCGAUGUCACUAGGAACCUCGUCUACGUUGCCACUGGCAACCUCUAUUCUGCACCCCAAAACGUAAUCGAUUGCCAAGAGAGACAAAACAAUCAAAUCCAAGUUGCUCCUACUCAUUCCGAUGAGUGUGUGGAGCCUGAAAACCACUCAGAUUCAUUCCUGGCCCUUGAUUUGGACACUGGAGACAUCAAGUGGUUCCAUCAACUUGGGGGCUAUGAUGUUUGGUUUUUCGCCUGUUUUAAUAUUUCAGUCCCUGAUUGUCCUCCCGGAGGACCAAACCCUGAUGCUGAUUUUGGUGAAGCACCCAUGAUGCUCACCAUAUACGUCAAUGGAACUACAAAAGACAUUGUUGUUGCUGUUCAAAAAAGUGGAUUUGCGUGGGCUUUGGAUCGUGAUGAUGGCAACAUUAUAUGGUCUACCGAAGCUGGACCUGGUGGUCUCACAGGAGGCGGAAUAUGGGGGGCGGCCACCGAUGAAAAGCAUGUCUACACCAACAUAGCCAACUCCGACGGUAAAAACUUCACUUUAAAACCAUCAACAAGGAACACGACUGGCGGUGGAUGGGUGGCAAUGGAUGCUACUAAUGGCCAAGUUCUUUGGUCAACAGCCGACCCUACUAAUGGUACGGUAAGUGGACCGGUGACCGUAGCAAAUGGAGUGGUAUUUGGAGGUUCGACAUACAAAGAAGGACCAGUGUAUGCAAUGGAUGGUAAGAGUGGGGAAAUUUUAUGGACAUAUAACACAGGGGCCACUGUUUUUGGUGGUAUGUCAGUCAACGAUGGGUGUAUUUACGUAGGGCAUGGAUAUAGGGUUAGUUUUGGUUUCUUUAAUCCGAGCAUCACUGCUGGGAACACACUCUUUGCUUUUUGCAUAUCUUGAGUUACCACCCAAACAUCAAAUUAAUUAUCUGUAAUAAAUACAUGCUGCUAUUUUUAGUUUGUAACUUGAAUAGCAGAGUCUGUGGCAAUGAUGCCUAAACUUUUAUAGUGUGAUUAGUUUUUAAAUAUUUUAUUGAUUAUUAAA